UCGCUCCUGUUAUACAGAAAGCUUGCUUGGCUUUUUGUGAUCCAAGUCUGUAAGUCCUUCUAGUUAUCUUCUUUGAUUUGGAUCAAUCACCACAGUUGCCAUGAUCACCCCAGAGCAGCAUGAUGGCAGGCAUGAUAACUGGAAACACAGGAUAAUUUGCAAGUUGAAAAAAUGCUGGAUGUUAUACCUUUGUAUGUGCAUCAUACUUCUCAUAGUGGUCAUUCUUGUGAUAGCAGUAUUUUUCAAAUGUCCCAAAACUGUGGAAUGUUCAGGUGAAUGGAUUGGAGUAAGAAAGAAGUGUUUCUAUUUUUCCAGUGAUACCAAAAAUUGGAUAGCCAGUGAACAAUUUUGCCUUUCACAGGGAUCAGAACUUGCUCAUAUUGAUACACAAGAGAAUACGGAGUUUUUGAGGAGACAUGCAGGAACUUUUAUGCACUGGAUUGGAUUGAACAGAAAACAAGGAGAAUCUUGGAAAUAGACAAAUGGUACCAUAUUCAAUCCUUGGUUUGAAAUUAGUGGGAAUGGAUCCUUUGCUUUUCUGAAUGCUGACGGAGUCCAUAGUUCUAGGGGAUUUAUUGAUAUUAAAUGGAUUUGCAGCAAAUUUUAAUUUUAAUUGAGAAAAAAAACUGGAAAAUGACUCUCACACUUCAGAGAUAAAGAAAAGGCCUAGGUAGGCAAUAGUUCUCACUAGUUAUGUUGCUGAAUACUGAAUUUUGCAGAUUUUAAACAAAGGAAUUAAAAACUGUUGAAUGAAAGAACCUCAUCAAAUCAAGACACACAACUGCCCAUUAUAAGCACAAAUCAGGAAACUUCUACUAAAGAGAAGCAAAUAAAGUAAUGACAAAUAAUUAGAUGACAUGCAACUGCAAUAAUGAUUUUAAGCAAAUUUAAAGAGAUCUAUGUUGAUAGGCCAGCCAACAUUUACUUAGCUUAAGAGUUAGAGAAAUAUAUGUGUUCCAAAUGUGUAAAUAUUACAAAAUACUAACAAUAAUAACUUUGGCGGAAAGAAAUGUUAUAAGAGAAUAACCUAUGAAAAGACAUUCACUUCAAUGACAUAAAAACAAGGAAAAACCCACCCAUAAGGAUCCUAACUCUAUCAAUAAAAAUCACUGAUAAAUGAUCAGAAUUAUAUAUUAAAUUAUAAAGCUCACUCAAAGCAAUCUACAGA